CCGCCCCGCCUCCGCCCGCAGCCGGGUGGGGAGCGCGUGUUUAGGUCACAUGAGCCUCUUGUCCGCCAGCCCCGGCCAGGCCCCCUGCCACCCCCGCCGUCCCCGCUGCCCGCCGUCCCGGCCACCACCACCAACACAGGCCGCCUGCCUGUCUCGUUCCUUCUGCCGCCGCUGAGGCGCUACGUUGCGCUGCCUGCGCCCAGGGCUCGGGAGGGGGCCGCGGAGGAGCCGCCCCCCGCGCCCGGCCCGGGGUCCCCACACCCGGGCCCGCGCCAUGGGACUCUGGCUGCCGCCGCCCCCCGCGCCGCCGGGCUAGGGCAAUGCGGUCGCCCCCGGCGCUCGGCCCCCGCGGGCACCAUGAGCCCCCUGCUCCGUCGCUUGCUGCUUGUUGCGCUGCUGCAGCUGGCCUGUACCCAGGCCCCUGUGUCCCAGUUUGAUGGCCCCAGCCACCAGAAGAAAGUGGUGUCAUGGAUAGAUGUUUAUGCACGUGCCACAUGCCAGCCCAGGGAGGUGGUGGUACCUCUGAGCAUGGAACUCAUGGGUAAUGUGGUCAAACAACUCGUGCCCAGCUGUGUGACUGUGCAGCGCUGUGGUGGCUGCUGUCCUGACGAUGGCCUGGAGUGUGUGCCCAUUGGGCAACACCAAGUCCGAAUGCAGAUCCUCAUGAUCCAGUACCCGAGCAGUCAGCUGGGGGAGAUGUCCCUGGAAGAACACAGCCAAUGUGAAUGCAGACCAAAAAGAAAGGAGAGUGCUGUGAAGCCAGACAGGGUUGCCAUACCCCACCACCGUCCCCAGCCCCGCUCUGUUCUGAGCUGGGACUCUGCCCCGGGAGCAUCCUCCCCAGCUGACAUCAUCCAUCCCACUCCAGCCCCAGGACCCUCUGCCCACGCUGCACCCAGCGCCGUCAGCGCCCUGAUCCCCGGACCUGCCGUUGCCGCUGCAGACGCCGCCGCUUCCUCCAUUGCCAAGGGCGGGGCUUAGAGCUCAACCCAGAUACCUGCAGAUCAUCAGAAACUUAGCUCAAGACUAGAUGCACAAAUCAGAUGGUGAGAGAGAUGGUGUCACCACCAAUAGAAGAUGCUAAGCUCUAUGACAGGGACAACGAUCUAAUCUAAGCCAUCAACCAUCUCCUGGAGGGGAACUCAAGAAGACUUUUUCCACGGGCUUUACACGAUAGAUAUUUGCUCCAUUCUGUAGGCUCUGAGAGAGCAGAGAUGUAUGAGAGAGAGCCUCGAAUACUUAAGUAGCCCUUCUCUGUUCCAUAGUGAGGCCCUGGGAUGAUUUAUGGGCCAGGCCCUGGCGGCUUCUAGAGAGUAUCAAAUAAAACAGGGUUCCAAAAAGGAAAUGCAUCAAGAAGGCUGGGCCUGGACAUGGUGGUACAUAUGGGGAGUUUUGGCAAUACAGAGAGAGUUUGAAGCCAGCCUGGGCUAUAUGGAACCUUGUUUAAAAGCAAAACCCACAGAAGACAAAAAAUAACUGUUGCUUUGGAAUGGCAGUGCACACCUGUAACUCCAGCUCUCAGGAGGCAGAGGCAGGAGGAUACGAUUUUGAGAACAAGCUGGGCUGUAGAGCAAAGUGAUCUCAACAAACAGCAAGAAUAAAGAGGGGCCGGGUGUGUAGCUCAGCCGGUAGAGUGCUUGCCCAGCAUUCAAGAAACCAUCUGUAAUGGGAUCCGAUGCCCUCUUCUGGUGUGUCUGAAGACAGCUACAGUGUACUCAUAUAUAAUACAUAAAUAAAUCUUUAAAAAAAAGCCUUCAGUUUGAUCUUCACCAAAUGGAACAAGGCAUGACAGCACUCAAAGGUUCAGGGUCGGGCUGGAGAGAUGGCUCAGCGGUUAAGAGCACCCGACUACUCUUCCAGAGGUCCUGAGUUCAAUUCCCAGCAACCACAUGGUGGCUCACAACCAUCUGUAAAGAGAUCUGAUGCUCUCUUCUGGUGUAUCUGAAAACAUCUACAGUGUACUUAUAUAUAAUAAAUGAAUAAAUCUUUAAAAAAAAAAAAAAAAA